CCAUCUCAAGACACAAACAGAAGCUCUUUCUCUGUCCGCCUCUCUCCUUCAGAACACACAUACGCAGAGCAGCAGAGUCAUGGAGGUCACACCGAACCACACUCAGACCGUGACCGGGUGGGCGGCCAUGGACGAAUCCGGCAAGGUUGAGCCCUUCGUCUUCAAGAGAAGGGAGAAUGGCGUGGACGACGUUACUAUCAAGGUCCAGUACUGUGGCAUGUGCCACACGGAUCUCCAUUUCAUCCAAAACGACUGGGGUAUCACCAUGUACCCUGUUGUCCCCGGCCACGAGAUCACCGGCGUCGUCACCAAGGUUGGCACUAACGUCUCCGGCUUCAAGGUCGGCGAUCGUGUCGGUGUGGGAUGCAUCUCUGCGUCAUGCCUCGACUGCGAGCACUGCCGCCGCUCCGAGGAGAACUACUGCGACAAGGUCACACUCACCUACAACGGCAUCUUCUGGGACGGCAGCGUCACAUACGGCGGCUACUCGAACAUGCUCGUUGCGAACAAGCGGUUCGUCGUGCGGAUCCCAGACAACCUGCCUCUGGAUGCGGCAGCGCCGCUGCUGUGCGCGGGCAUCACCGUGUACAGCCCGAUGAAGCAGCACGGCAUGCUGCAGUCUGGUGGGAACCUCGGCGUCAUCGGUCUAGGCGGGCUCGGCCACGUCGCGGUCAAGUUCGGCAAGGCAUUCGGCCUCCGCGUCACCGUCAUCAGCACGUCGCCAGCCAAGGAGCGGGAGGCCAGGGAGCGCCUCAAGGCCGACGACUUCAUUGUCAGCACCAACCAGAAACAGAUGCAGGCCAUGACCAGAAGCCUCGACUACAUCAUUGACACUGUCUCGGCGAAGCAUUCGCUGGGCCCAAUCUUGGAGCUGCUUAAGGUGAACGGCAAGCUGGUACUCGUCGCGGCGCCGGACCAGCCCGUCGAGCUUCCUUCUUUCCCUCUCAUAUUUGGGAAGAGGACAGUGAGUGGGAGCAUGACGGGAGGGCUGAAGGAGACGCAGGAGAUGCUGGACCUGUGCGGCGAGCACAACAUCACCUGCGACAUCGAGCUCGUCUCGACAGACAGGAUCAACGAGGCGCUGGCACGGCUGGCGCGCAACGACGUCCGAUACCGCUUCGUGAUCAACAUCGGGGGCAAUUCAAAGCUCUAGUUGGUGUUUGCUGUGCUGUCGCAUCAUCAGCAGCAUAUAAAAAAGUCAGUUGAGAAGACAAGUGUUUGGUGGAGCUGCGUGAUGAUGUGCGCGACAGUGGAGGAUGGCUUCAUUGUUCGCGCGGUGGUCGCCCGGUUUGAUAUAUGUUUACAGCUCUAGCAUGCCACGAGGGGGUAAACAAUUAUAUUGUGCCAUUGCUGGGUGCAAAUCAGUACAAACUUGGUUGUUUUGAACUUAUUAUUGGAAGGAUAAUGCGUGAGUUUGUCUCCAUAUCCAAUGUUCAUCUAAAUGGUCGUUUAGUCCAUUUAUACAUCAUUUAAACGCUACAUAGUGGUACACCGUUUCGGUUUAA